GGUGCAAAUAAAACUGUUCUACAUAACGUUAUUUAUGAUCUUGACUGUGAAGCAUGUAAUACGACCGGAGACACUAUGACGAUUAGUACCUUCAGAAAGCAUCUCGAUAUGACUUGAAACAGAGAAGAAACUCGAACUCAACAAUGCACAAUCUUUUAAUCAUGUCUGACAAGGCAAAAUAUUUGAGAAGUCAUACCGACGCCAAAAUUAAUAACAUGCACUUUUAUAAUGAAAUCACCUUUACCAAGAGGUGAGCUCAAAUGGUAUCUACAAACUCUACACAGUUAUUCUUCUUCACAAGUAUAAAAAUUGCAGCCAUUAUCGUGUGGUCUUACUAUGGCAAGGCUUAGGUAAAAGCCUGUGAAACGCUGUGCGCUCAGCAUUUUUGGUAUUACCCCGAAGAGUUCUCAUAAAAAUUAUAUUGUUUGCGUUGUUAGAGUUCUAAUGCAAAGUGUGAAGCAUGAUUCCUGAAAGCAGCAGCAAACAGAGUAUGAUGGUCCCCAACGCAUUGUACUUUGCUAUCAAACUGUUUCCAAUAUGUUGACAUUACAUGUAGCCAAACGUGAGGCAUCAUUUCUUUUAAUCUAAAACCAAAGGAGUAUUAUUUGCUUCUCUUGAAAAAAACAAUCAACUAAAAGGCUUCUUACUUGCACAGGAAGGAAUUCUGUGCUCUUUUUUCUUUCAAAGUUCUGAGGAUUUGGAAAUCCUAUUUAGAAGGGGACCGGGCUUGAUUAAAUGCUGCAGGCGAGUACACACAAACUUGCAUUAGGUGCAACCUGUGGAUUCCAAAGCAAGCUAGCCGAACCCGUUUCCUUUCUACUGGCAAAGGCAAACAAUGUAUGUCUCUUUUGGGGAAGGCCUAGAAAUUUGCAGUUGAACUAACUCCCAGAAACUGCACUCAAUGCAAAAGAGGGGCGCCGCGUUAAGAAGCGCUGAUGAAGCUCGAGUUGGGUAGUCGGCACCGCUGGGGACCUCAUGAGUGGGCCGUAUCGCGCUCACUGACUGGCAUGGAGGGAAAUCCAUUUAAAGGGUGUGGUGUCGCUGUGGGUUGAUGUUCUGACGACGAGAUAGGAUGAAAGGAAAGAUAUUGGAGGGGUAAACACGGACCUCUGACGUUUCGUUAAGAACAUGCACUUUAUACUUGAAAGAAUACCAAUGUCCAUCGGCACACCGAUUUUUCGGGUGUAAAGUUUCAAAAUGCAUGUGAGAUAUUUAGUAUGCAACUAUUUCAAAUGACAAACUUCAAUAAACCGGAAAAUAUUAAUUAUCCUGUUGUAGAUUGGAUUUUUGUGUGUUUGACUUUAAUAAAAGCAAAUUCAAAGUAGCUAUUUCUUUAAUAUAGUUAUGUCUGUUUAGCGUUACCACCAAAGCUUCUCUAGCCUUCACGAACACGCGCUAUUUCGGAAUACAAAAAGAAAGUAAUGGUAACGUUUCAAAGUCAUGUAUAUAGCUCUUUAGUGUUUGAAAACGAUCUGCAGCUGCUUAAAAAUCUUUUGCAAUCUACUACUCACCGAUAUCUAGCUGUAUGUGUUUUUGUGGCAGUAACGGCUCCCUUUGUCUUUAGUACGGUCCAUUUUAUGGCCAGGAAACGCCGUGACACAUUAACUAAAUUAGCUUCGAAGUUCGAAUACAUCCAGAUUGACUAUUUAAAUGCGAAUCAAUAUGGAUCCGAGUUGAACAAAGAUCGAGGAACUGAUAGUACGCCGUUAUCUACACAUAAUAACGAUAGAGACAGCACUAAUACGGAGAUUGUAGAUGGUAAAAAAAAUGUGGAAGAGAAAGCCCGGGGGGUUAUUUUACCACCAGAGUCCACUUUCAACAGUGCAAAACGCAGGUUCUAUAGUUUCCAUGGGAUUGUUGGGCACCAAUCAGAUAGUUGUAUUGACGAACAUACAAUUUUGACAAAACAUUCUCGAAAAGGGAAAAAUAAUUACGAUGGAUCAACGAUGCCACAUACUAAAUAUACAUUACAAUCCACGACCAUGGCAAAUGCUAAUAAUGGGAGGAGAAACUAUAUAAGUUCUUACUGGGGUAGCCUUAGUGAUGAUUUUUUCUUUAAAAGUGCGUUUGCAUCGGUCUCGGUUUCCUAUUCACCUACAAAUUUGAGUAUUUGGAGUGGCUCACAUUUACAUUCUUGCGAUGUGCAGAUGAAAGGUACCUUAUCCACUGGUAAUUAUUAUCCUUCCCGUCGGAAGCAACUUAUCUUGCGAUUAUGUGAUGACUAUAGCCAACUGUUGACGCCCCUUGCUCAGGUCAUUUUAGCCAAACAACGCGCUACCGACGAAGACUUUGCACACAGCGUCGCUAGUACAGCGUGUACGUUUUUUGUGUUAAAGUCAGUGCGUUCGUUGUGCGGCAUGGCGGCACAGGACGCAAUUAUUCAUAUUACCGUUUUCUGCAUUAGCCGUACCUUGGCUCGUUUUGUUUGUUUUUACAACACUGGGAGCAAUCGUGUAUAUGUGCCUCGGGGAGCGCUUGGCGACCUCACGUUCGCCGUGACGGUGCUGCAUCCUUUCAAUAUUCUUCGUAUAGUCAGAAACCUAGCAGUAUCAUUGAUACGAGACCCUAUUUUUACAGGGUUUUCGAGUUUUGCCUAUUUGAAGAGUCCACAGAACGAAGACCUAAACUCAUCUCGUGCCUUGGAGAUAGAUAGCCUUCUUAGUUUGUAUGUCUUCGUGAUGUCAGCGGAUUCCCCUACGGUACGCUGCUGUCUGCCAUUGUGGUUGGUACCUAUGUGGAGGCUCUUACUAUUUGUGAAAUGGGUUAGCCGGCCGGCAGCUGCCUUAUGGUUGCGCUCUCGGAUUGUCUUUGAGAAAAGCAGUGGAGCUUUUUUUAUAUAUCGCAUAGCUGACGAGAUAUGGAAGAGACUCACGCCCAAAGGAUACUUUGUGUGUAUGUUACUUUACUCGCUCCCAGAUAUUAUCAUGCAUUCCUUUUUGGAACUUGAUUGGAGGGCCUUCUGCGAGCGUAUGUACCAAUUGCUCUGCAACAACAAGAUAUAUAAAAAGGUGCAGGUGCACAUCCCAAGGUUUCGUUUUGGGGGAGCACCCUUUCUUAGUACCCAGGAUAAAACUUUAUGUCAAAAUAAUGUGACAUAUAUGGACCUUUUCACAGAUCCAGGUAGAUGGCGUCGUAAAGCUAGAUCAUUCUAUAAGUUUAUGUGCGCUGCUUCUAGAAAGUUCCCACAACGUGCGUGGCGCACGGGCAAGUACUUAUAUAGCGCUUGUCCGGACCUGGCAGGUGCACUGGUGAACGCUGGUUUCUGUUUUACCAUCCUUUCUAUUCUUCCCAACCAAACUUUUAAGGCAAGUACAUCACCAGCCUGGAGCCAUGGUCCUGGGUUACAUUUUUAUGUCUUAGGAUGCUUAAGGGGAAUUUUGAUUGCUGUUCGAUGGGCUUGGUCAGCGAAGGUGGAAUAA